GCUUAAGAAUUAUUUUUAAAGUUUGUAAAACUACUGAAACGCAUGCUCCAUAGAGACUCAAAUAGGUCCAGAGAUGAUGGGUCAUUACCUAAAGCUCAGCUAGAGGUUGUGAAGUGAUCUCCGCGAGCGCACAUUAUCACACUGUCAGCAGUGGACUGAGCUGCAGAUGAGCACAGCUCGUCACGCGACCAGCUGAAGGAGCAGAUCUGCUUUACGCACAGCAGAGCGCGGUGCUCUCGGUCACUCCGCACGGACACAAACACACGCCUGGCCGAUGGGGCAGGAACACGGCGAGCUACUCGGCAUCUAAGCGCGACAGAAGGAGCACCAUGAGCCUGGAGGAACCGCGCGCUCUGCCAUGCUGAGCAUCCCCGCCGCGCUGCUGCUGCUGCUGGCGCUGUCCGCUCCCGCGCGCUGCUCCCACGGCUGGAGCGACGAGGAUCUGCUGCUGCCGCCUAUCAACUCCUCCGGCAGGUUCUUGGCCAGCCUGGAGGUGGAUGUGGGAUACUCGAAGAGGUCGGUGGAGGAGCCCGAAGCCUCCUCGCAGUGUAAUGUAAGCGUGGAGAGGCUGCCGACCAAACUCGUGGCACGUUGGGACAGCAACUUCGGCUUCCAGUGCGACGUGCUUCUGUACACCACCAACAACCACGGAAAGGCGUUUUUUUCCGCCGCCUUCAACCGGGCGAUCUCACCGGUGUACAUCGAGCACCUGGGCGUCACAGGCGGCCAGCAGGAGUUCAGGCUGUGCGUCGGAUGCGGGCUGUCCCGGUACCGGAGGUUCAGACGCGGCCGGUCAGAGGGUCCGCAGACCGGAGACUCGGUGCAUUUCUGCUGCGUGGAUUUUGCGCUGGACGAGCUGAAAGGGGACCGGAGCUGGAGGCUCAACCGCAAACCCAUCGAGUCCACGCUGGUGGCCUGUUUCAUGACUUUAGUCAUCAUCAUAUGGAGCGUCGCUGCCCUCAUAUGGCCGGUGCCCAUAAUCGCGGGAUUUCUGCCCAACGGAAUGGAGCAGAGAAGGCCGAGGUAAUGGAGCAGCUGGAAUCCUGGUAACACUUUACAAUAACAGUACAUACAUAACGAUGUCCUAAUAUCUAAACUAAACGUUAUUAUGAACUAAUGGUGAGUUAAGGCAUGCGCUAUAAGAACUAAGCGAGUCACAGUUCAUGUGUGAAUAAGGGUUACUACAUUAAAGUCUGCAUUAAAUUAAAAUAUGCUCUUCUUAUUUUUAUAUUUAAUAGCCUAGUAGUGUUUGUGCAAUUCAUUAUUUUGGAAAUAUUAAUUUGCUCUCAGAAUUUUUUAAAAUACACUAUACCCUGUUAUGGACGUGACAUCUCUCCGAUAUGGAUGUGAAAUUUCCACUUGUGUAACUUCAGUAAAUUAAAUAUAAUAGUUUGAAAACACUGACCGAGACAUUUAAGUAUUUUUAAAGUACUGUAAAAUACUUGCUUACGCAAAAAUGUAGAAACGGUAUGGCUAUUUUGCUGAAAACUACAUUUCUGUUCAUGGAAAGGUUGACAUUUGCAUGGAAUUGCUCA